GAAGGAAGGAGGGAAGGCGCUGGUCCCGCGCCCGCCGCCUCCCGAUGGGCAUCGUCUCUCUCUCUUUCUCUCUUUUUCUCUCUCUCUCCCCCACACAACAAUUUUCUGCGGAAACAAUGGCAAAUAUCAGCGCUUAUUUGCGCAGGGGCCGCUGGCGGGGCGGGGCGCGGCCCGCACAAAGCGGGCUUUGUUGGGCGCACAGGGCUGCUCUGUGCCGCGGCCGCCGGGCUCGGCCCCCGCCGCGGCUCCGCGGCAGCGGGCAGCGCCGCCAGAUCGCGGGGAGAGCGCCUGCCGGGCUUAAAGUUAGCGCUGGCACCCCACGGAGCGUGGUUAAUCCGCGGGAGAAGCAUCUCUGAGUGUAGCUGGCAGAUGGGAAAGUCCCCGAGAGGUCUUGAGCUCCUUGGUGGUGGGUUUGAGCGCCAGCGGCUCAAAGGAGAAGCUGUUAAAUUGGGGUGCAGGGACUGUCUGGAGGAGGGAAGAGGCUCCAUGCCAGGCAUCCAUCUCGUUUCGGUGGCACAGCAUGGAUACCACCGGCCACAGCGUCCUCCUCCUCCAGCAGCUGAACAUGCAGCGGGAGUUUGGCUUUCUGUGUGACUGCACAGUUGCCAUUGGAGAUGUUUACUUCAAAGCCCACAGAGCGGUGCUCGCUGCUUUUUCAAACUAUUUUAAGAUGAUAUUUAUUCAUCAGACGAGCGAGUGCAUAAAAAUUCAGCCUACAGACAUCCAGCCCGACAUAUUUAGUUACUUGUUACAUAUAAUGUACACUGGGAAGGGGCCAAAGCAGACCGUCAGCCAGAGCCGGCUGGAGGAGGGCAUCCGCUUUCUGCACGCCGACCACCUCUCCCACAUCGCCAUCGAGAUGAACCAGGCCUUCUCCCCAGAGCCGGUCCAGUCCUCCAACCUGUACGGGAUCCAGAUCUCCACGGCGCACAAGCUGGCGAAGGAGCGCCUGGGAGCGAAGGAGAGCCUGCCCAAGGCGGGCGGCAGGGCCGCGGCCCAGGGCGAUCACCCCCAGCUGCAGCUGUCCCUGGCCAUCGGCCUGGACGACGUCCCCCUGGAGCAGCAGGCCGCUCGCCCCGCGGCCCAGCCCGCCGCGCUGGCCAAGCCGGCGGAGGAGCGCCCCAAGCUCUCGGUUUCCAUCAAGCAGGAGAGGUGCGACUCGGAGCCCGUGGUGUCCCAGAGCUGCACCCCUCCUUCUCCGGGGGUAGCGAGCCCCGUCCUCGCCAAGGGCGGCCUCAAGGUGCACUUGUGCCACUACUGCGGGGAGCGCUUCGACUCGCGCGACGGGCUGCGGCAGCACCUGCACACCCACGUCUCGGGCUCGCUGCCCUUCGGCGUCCCGGCCUCCAUCCUGGAGAGCAGCGACCUGGGCGAGGUGCAGCCUCUGGCUGAGGACAGGGAGCCGGGGGACGGCCAUCGCCUCGGGGCCUUCCUCCUCAAGGAGGAUGAGCAUCAGCUGGAGCACCCGAGCUGCAGCGACCUGGAGCCUCUGCAGAUCGGGCAGCUCUCCCUCAUCUCCAAGGACCACGAACCGGUGGAGUUGAACUGUAACUUUUCUUUCUCAAGGAAGAGGAAGAUCAGCUGCACCGUCUGCGGCCGCGCGUUUUUCCGGAAGAGCCAGCUGCUGGAGCACAUGUACACGCACAGAGGGAAGCAGCACAGGUACGGCCGCUGCCAGCAGCUGGAGAGCCCCGCCACCCCCAGGUUUCACCCUUACUGUGACAGCGAGAGUGUGGGUAAGAGCUCCAGCUUGUCCCAAGACCACUUAGAUGAAUGUAUUCUGGAGUCAGAUCUCAUCCAAGAAAGCGUCGAUACGAUCCUGGUAGAGUAAUUCUCCCCCUUCAGAUGCUGAAACUGGAUGUUUUGGCAUUCUCCACCUAGGGAGUGGCUGCUCUGUGCAGCUGAUUUUCUUGAGCCACCAUUCCCCUCACCACUGAGAUAACCGUGAAGGACUGUGUACUUUGACUUGUGUCCUUGCUUUUUUUACUUCUCUAACUUUUAAACUCGAGUUAAUUCCCAUCUAAGUCCUUCUUGGAAGCCUCCGUGUAACUCAGUUAUGUUUUUCCUGAAUGUGAACUUAUUCCUACUCUGCUGUACUGGAGUAAAGGCUGUAUUGCUGGGUGUGAGGUUUAAACAUUGUCUAGUGCUCUGUGUGGUGCCUAGGACUGUUUGUAUCCCGUAGAAUUGCUCUUCUGAAACCAGAUGGAUGGAAGUGUAGAGGGAAAUACUUAUUGUGUUUCCCAAACAGUUUGUUUUUAAUGAAAAUAAAUAUCUCAAGGAGAUGAAUCCUGAAGUUCAUGUUGUUCAUGUAACUGCAGUUAAUAAAUCUCUACAUAAAUAUUU